AUGACAGGUGCAUUGGAGAAGCUCAUGAGUCCUCCGUUCAUGAUUAUGGGUAACAGUCUGCUUACUUACCUACUUCUAAUAGUACCAGGUGCAUUGGAGAAGCUCAUAAGCGCUCCGUUCAUGAUUAUGGGUAACCAUCUGUACCAGUCCACAUCAAGUCAACUGCUGGCAACUGCAAGGCAAUUGGUCAAUUACCAUCAUGCUUGCCUCAUGACCUACGUAAUCGAGCACUUGACCAUCAAGCAGUGCAAUCGAUUCUUGGAAGAAAAGAAUGCAAUCUUGGAGGUGAACAAACCUUCUUGCAAAGCCUCCAAGGCACCCUCCCAGCUUCUGGCGUUUGAUGAGGAAGUGAAGAUGUUCGCUAGGAAGUAUGGCAUCAUCUACAACAAGCACUUGAAGCAGCGAGACACCAUCGACGAGCUUUGUAGGUUGCUAGGCACUACACCCAGAAGCCGUACCUACCCACUAUUUCCUCCCAUUCUCUUUCCAAACACCAUUAUCAAUACUAGCAAUUCACCUGUAUUUGGUAACUGGAAGCCCUUGGCUCAGAUCCUGAAAGUGGUUUUAAUGGGCAAAGCAUCCCUUAUGUCUGUCAAGAAGGGUGGGCCACCCAGGAACUUUCAGAAUUGGGGAGUAUCUGCCAUAAUGCCCAGAGAAAUUGCGUGGAGUACUACAAUUCUUCAAGAAGAUUCUGUGCAUGUAGACUCGACAACUCUGGAUGGGGAGUCGCAUUCACAGGAUGUGAGUGUGUCGAUCCUCAUUCGAGCAACAGCCAUGCUGAUCCAAGUCAUUGCCCUACCAUUUGCAGAGACUCGAGCCAUGCUGAUCGAAGUCAUUGCCCACUGUUCGCAGUGUCUUGGCUGCUGGCUCAAUUUUCAAUUGAAUACUACUGGCACAGGUUUCACCCUGAAUCCUGGUUGCACAGCGACCUCAUAA